GCCAUCGCUUUAACGCCGGUUUUCACACCAAAAGUGUGUUUCCUUUGAAUGCAAACAAUGAUUGAAUUAAUUUGUCUCUCAUUUUAACCGCAAUUAGUAUUAAUUGUCAUUUAAAAUGACUUACAAUUAUGUGGUGACCGCCCAUAAGGGCUCCGGAGUCUCCAAUUGUGUCACAGGCAACUUCACGUCACCGACGGAUCUGAAUCUAUUGAUCGCCAAAUCGACGCGAAUUGAGAUCUAUUUGGUGACCGCCGAAGGCCUGCGACCCAUGAAAGAGAUCUCGAUCUACGGCAGAGUCACUGUCAUGAAGACAUUUAGACCGGAGGGCGAGAAGAAGGAUCUGCUCUUUCUGUUGACCUAUAAGUAUAACGCGUCGAUACUUGAGUGCAUUCGCGGAGAAGGCGAGGCCUUCGAAGUGGUGACUCGAGCGCACGGCAACGUCGCCGACACCAUCUCCAGGCCAUCGGAGACCGGAUCCAUAGGAAUGAUUGAACCCAACGGCAAACUCAUCGGACUUCGGCUCUACGACGGCUUGUUUAAGGUCAUACCACUGGAGCGCGAGUCCAAAGAGUUGAAAGCGUUUAACAUACGUAUGGAAGAGCUGAACGUAUCGGACGUGCAGUUCCUUCACGGGUGCGCCACUCCUACCAUUGCGUUCAUACAUCAGGACAACACUUCCAGACACGUGAAGACGUACGAGAUCUCGCUGUCGGAGAAGGAGUUCGUGAAGGGGCCGUGGAAACAGGACAACGUGGAGUCCGAGGCGUCGAUUCUGGUGCCGGUGCCGCAGCCCUACGGCGGCGCUCUAGUGAUCGGUCAGGAGUCCAUUGUGUAUCUGAACGGCGAGAAGGAGUACUGCGCGAUCGCUCCGCCGGCCAUCAAACAGUCGACAAUCACGUCGUACUGCAAAGUAGACGCUUCCCGAUACCUGUUGGGCGAUAUGUCUGGCCGUCUGUUUAUGUUAAUACUGCGCUGCGAAGAGCAGACCGUCAAAGACCUGAAACUGGAACUGUUGGGUGAGAUAACGAUUCCCGAGUGUAUGACAUAUCUGGACAAUGGAGUGGUGUAUGUGGGCUCACGAAUGGGCGACUCUCAGCUCAUUAAACUGAAGUUAGAGCCCAACGAAUCGGGAAGUUUUGUCGACAUUCUCGAGACGUUUACCAAUUUGGGACCCAUUGUUGACAUGAUAGUUGUGGACCUCGACAGACAAGGACAGGGACAGCUCAUCACCUGUUCCGGCGCUUUCAAAGAAGGGUCUUUACGUAUAAUCCGCAAUGGGAUCGGUAUUCAAGAACAGGCGACUAUAGACCUGCCGGGCAUUAAAGGCGUUUGGCAGCUGAGGGUGAGCUCCGAGUUGGACAAUAUACUGGUGCUGUCAUUCGUGGGUCAAACCAAAGUGCUUAUGCUUACCGGUGAGGAAGUGGAAGAGACAGAACUGCCCGGAUUUGAUAUAACACAACAGACACUCUUCUGCGGUAAUGUGAGGGAAGACCUGUUACUGCAGGUGACCGCCAAUAGUAUACGCCUCAUAUCCACCGAAACGAAGCAGUUGUGCAACGAGUGGACACCCGAACAGAACAUAUCUGUGGUGUCGAGCAAUAGCUCGCAGAUCGUAUGCGCGGCUCGUAAUCAACUCUAUUAUCUCGAAAUUCACGACCAAAUGAUUGAUUUGGUUAACAAAACUCAGACCGAAUUCGAGAUCGCGUGUCUCGACAUCAAUCCCAUCAACGGUACGAAGAGCUCGUUGUGUGCGGUCGGCCUCUGGACCGACAUCUCUGUCAGAUUAAUACAUUUACCGGAUUUAGUAGAGAUGCACAAAGAGAGUCUCGGCGGUGAGAUAAUCCCCCGAUCUAUACUCGUGGCCGCCUUUGAACUGUCAUACUAUCUGUUGACCGCUUUGGGCGACGGCUCUCUGUUUUACUUCACACUAAACCCAAACACCGGGUGUUUGAGUGACCGCAAGAAGAUUACGUUAGGAACGCAGCCAACAGUACUGAAGACAUUCUCGUCGUCGUCGACCACCAAUAUCUUCGCGUGCAGUGAUAGGCCGACAGUCAUCUACUCGUCGAACAAUAAACUCGUGUUUUCUAACGUGAAUCUCAAGGAAGUGAAUCAUAUGUGUCCACUCAAUUCGGACGCGUUUCGGGAUUCGCUGGCUUUGGCCUCCGAUUCGCAACUACUUAUCGGACAGAUCGACGAAAUACAGAAACUGCACAUCAGAACAGUUCCGUUGCGGGAAUCGCCGCGAAGGAUAGCCUAUCAGGAGUCGACCCAAACGUUUGGUGUGAUUACUAUGAGACACGAUAUGCUGGGAGAGGACGGUUUGGUUCCCCUCCGCACCGAUUGCGCCAGUCGUACAGCGCAAAACAUAACCUAUUCUUCAUCCAUACCGACGAUCGUAAAGCCAAGCAAUGCGUCAAAUAUGGAACAGACAGGUCUUGAGGUGGAAGUCCAUCACCUGUUGAUCAUAGAUCAGCACACCUUCGAAGUACUUCACGCGCACCAAUUCAUGGCCAAUGAAUACGCUUUGAGUGUUAUGUCGGCCAAAUUGGGUGACGAUCCGAUCGCGUAUUAUAUCGUUGGGACGUGUUUUGUGAAUCCCGACGAACCGGAGCCCAAAUUGGGCCGAAUUAUUGUCUUUCAUUUAUCUGAAGGUCGGUUACAACAAGUGUCCGAAAAGGAGAUCAAAGGCGCGCCCUAUACUAUAGUCGAGUUCAACAGCAAACUGUUGGCCGGAAUCAACUCAACCGUUCGGCUCUACGAAUGGACACAACAAAGAGAUUUACACAACGAAUGCUCUUAUUUUAACACAAUUAUAGCCUUAUAUCUCAAAACGAAAGGAGACUUUAUUUUGAUCGGAGAUCUCAUGCGAUCGAUGACUCUCUUGUCGUAUAAGCCAUUGGAAGGCAAUUUCGAAGAGAUUUCCCGCGACUUUCAGCCAAAUUGGAUGACAGCCGUCGAGAUCUUAGACGACGACACGUUCUUGGGAUCAGAGAAUUCAUUCAAUUUGUUUGUUUGUCAGAAAGACAGCGCGGCCACUAAUGAUGAGGAGAGACAACACCUGCAAGAAGUGGGUCUCUUUCAUGUGGGAGAGUAUAUCAAUGUUAUGAGACACGGAUCGCUUGUUAUGCAACAUCCGGGAGAGAUCACAACACCCAUUCAGGGCACGCCUGUCCUCUACGGCACCAUAUUUGGCGCCAUCGGAUUGGUCGCUCAGUUACCGCAGGAUUACUUCAACUUUUUGCGUGACUUCCAGUGCAGACUCAAUAAAGUGAUUAAAUCUGUCGGUAAAAUAGAUCACGACUUUUGGCGCGCAUUCAAUACCGAGAGGAAGACUGAGGCGUCGUUUGGUUUCAUUGACGGCGAUCUCAUUGAAUCAUUCCUCGACUUAAGUCGCGAUAAAAUGCAAGAAUGCGUUAAAGACUUAAUGAUCGAUGCGGACGGAAGUGGUAUGAAAAAGGAGGCGACAGUCGAUGACUUGAUUAAGAUUGUGGAGGAAUUGUCUCGAAUUCAUUAAACCUGUAAUUUAUAUGAUGUCUUAAUUGUGUUUUUAUUAUUUACCCAAUGAUUUGUCACCCAAUCUAUUAAUACUUCAUUCACCCCGAAAAUUAUUGUACAAACAUAUAUAUAAUUCAAUAAAUUAUUAUUAAUUUCACUCAAA